CCUCCUCCCAUAUGUAUAAAUACAAAUAUACAGAGAAGGAAUGUUCUGGGCACACAGUAAUCUAUACCCUCAUAAUGUACAGGGUGGGAGAGGGAUAAGUGGGGCAGAGGCUGCUCCUGUGUUUCCUGUUGUUCUGUCUAAUCAGUGUUUUCCCUACUGAGGUGAUGCUUCCCCUCUCCGUUGCUCUUUCCAUGCCCCCCCCUGGCAGGGAUCAGGAUGCACUGACGCCAGAGCUGCUGCUUUAAUAACACACUUUAGAGUAAGUGGAUGUGAGUGACAGACAAAGGGUGUGAAGGCUUUGUGCUCUGGCAGGGAGAGGGCUGUUGGUGGGGCCUGGGAUAAGGAGUGGACUGAAUAGCAAAUAAAGUGCCAUUAUGAGUGAGGGGCAUUCUGGCAGCUUUGAUGCAUCACUCCGAACUCCCUUGCAACUUCCAGCUGGAAAUAAUCCCACGUUGGAACCCCCUGAGAUGGAUCAAGAUACAGACAGGCUGGAGAAUGAUCCCCCACUCAGCCCAGAACCCAGCUGCUCCAAACACAAGAAUCGGGGCUCCUCCAGGAGGAAGAAAGGCCAGGAACGCAAACUGUCAGCCAGCCACAUAGAACAAGCAGCAGGCGAUGUGUCAGAUCUCUCUGCAUCUCUGUUCCUGGCCUGUCUCUUCUGCCACUUCUCUGACUGUCUCGUCCUGCUCCCUGGGACUUGUGACCUGGGACUGCGCAGUCUCUGCUUCUCACCAUCUCCCUCGAGCUGUCUCUCAUCCUUCCCUGAUCUCUGCUGCUGUCUCUCUCCUUCUGCCUGUUCCAACACAGACUGUGGCUGCCUGGAUGUGUGCCAGCAUACAGCCGAGUGCCUAGAGUUGGCCAUGGAGGUCUCCGAGAUGUGCUACCGCUGACUAAACUGGGUACCCCCUGUCUGUUUGUGUGUGCUUGCUGCUCACCCCCACUCAUGCCAUGUAACUAACCUUAUAACACAAUGCAAUAAUACUGGGCAGCCUUAUAGGCUCUGCUGGGUAAGGGAAUUUGUCAGGGACCAUUGCCCGUGGCUAGGGUUGCCAUCUGGCCGGUAAAAACGAGGGAUGAUCCCAAUGUUAUUAAUAGGGAAAAAAGCUAAAUUUAUAGGAAGGCCGGUAGUUUUUUCCAGAAAAGGUGGCAACCCUACCUGUGGCACAGAGCUAACAGUCCAUUGUCUGUGGCCCAGGGAAUCCCUGCUCCUUAGAGCUAACAGUCUAUUGUAGCAAAGGAAAUCCCUGCUUGUUAGAGCUAACAAUUAUUGUCUGUGCCCCAGGGAAUCCCUGCACCUUAGAGCUAACAGUCUACCAGUGCAAGUGAAAGCUAGCAUAGAGGUAUAGGGGACAAUAUUGCUAAGCAGACCCAACUCCUAUCCUUCUGACUGGCUGGGUGCUAUAAUUAUGGGUGCAUGCAGUGUGGCUGAUGGGGCCCUCAGGUUGUGGAGUAACUUUUUUUGUGUUUGUUAGACAGCUGUGCUCUUUGUCUCCUGGCCGGGCUCUUCUGUGAGGCCUCCAUAUUGUGCUCUGCCCUGUUGGCCUGUGUGAGCUGCGGGCUCUGCAGUGACAGGUCCCCGUGCUGCUCUGCAUCUCCCGACGGUCUGGGCUGUACUUCUGUGGGGAACGGCUCGUGCGACUGCGACUGUGUGACGGCAAGUGAAGGGUGUCGUUCUUCCGACUGUCUGGAUCUGUGCCUGGAGUGCUGCGCUCUCUGCUUCCCCUCCUGACCAGCAUGAUGCCCACCAGCCAUGUAAAGCCUGGGGCACAACCACUGCCGCAUGUGUCUAUUUCCUCUGUCCGACAAACAUAAUAAACAUGAACUUUCUUACCCA